CGGCCGGGAGUCCGGGAGCCGGACUGCGGAAGGGAGCACGGCGGCGGCCAGCCGGGGGCAGAGGGCAGAGUGCCGAGCGGCCUGGCUCGGCGGAGGGCGCCGCCCGACCCGUCCUCAGCUCGGCGCCCGCGACGGUGGCCAGUGGAGCCCAGCGGGCCGCCGGUCCCGAGCGCUUCCAGCCCACGGCGGGGGGCGUGCCUCCGCCCGGCCGCGCCGCCCCGGCCCGCUGCUCGCAGUGUUGCCGGGGCAUGUGAGCGGGAAGACCAGGCUGCUGGCCACCGAGACGCACUGAACAGGAGCCAGAGCGCGGAGUUGCGACCCCGGGCCAGCGCCCGACCGAUUAGAUGUCCAUGCGGAGCCCCGUCUCUGUGCAGCUGGCCCCAGACAGCGCUAGCACCAUGGUGAACUGCACCAUCAAGUCUGAGGAGAAGAAGGAGCCUUGCCACGAGGCUCCCCAAGGCACGGCCACUGCAGUGGAGCCCCAGCCUGGAGACCCAGCCCUGGCCUCCCAGGAUGCUGCCAACUCAAAAGCUCCUCCUCAGAACUGUGCCUCACCGGAGAGCAGGGGCUCCCCAGACCCCAAGAGACCAGCAGCUUCCGAGGCUGCUUCGGGAAGCCAGGAGAGGUUGGACUUCAACCGCAACUUACAGGAAGUUGUGCCAGCCAUUGAGAAGCUGCUGUCCAGUGACUGGAAGGAGAGGUUUCUGGGAAGAAGUUCUGUGGAAGCUAAGGAUGUCAAAGGGACCCAAGAGAGCCUGGCUGAGAAAGAGCUCCAGCUUCUGGUCAUGAUCCAUCAGCUAUCCGCCCUUCGGGAUCAGCUCCUUACGGCUCACUCUGAGCAGAAGAACAUGGCAGCCAUGCUGUUCGAGAAGCAGCAGCAACAGAUGGAACUGGCCAGGCAGCAGCAGGAGCAGAUUGCCAAGCAGCAGCAGCAGCUGAUUCAGCAGCAGCACAAGAUCAACCUCCUCCAGCAGCAGAUCCAGCAGGUUAACAUGCCUUAUGUCAUGAUCCCAGCCUUCCCCCCAAGUCACCAGCCUUUGCCUGUCACUCCUGACUCCCAGCUGGCUUUGCCCAUUCAGCCCAUUCCGUGCAAGCCAGUGGAGUACCCUCUGCAGCUGCUGCACAGCCCGCCUGCCCCUGUGGUGAAGAGGCCGGGGGUGGCCACCCACCACCCCCUGCAGGAGCCCCCACAACCACUAAACCUCACAGCCAAGCCCAAGGUACCUGAGCUGCCCAACACCUCCAGUUCUCCCAGCCUGAAGAUGAACAGUUGUGGGCCUCGCCCCUCCAGCCACGGGGCUCCCACAAGGGACCUGCAGUCCAGCCCCCCCAGCCUGCCUCUGGGCUUCCUUGGUGAGGGGGACGCUGUCACCAAAGCCAUCCAGGAUGCUCGGCAGCUGCUGCACAGCCACAGUGGGGCCUUGGAAAACUCCCCCAAUACGCCAUUCCGAAAGGACCUCAUCAGCCUGGACUCCUCCCCAGCCAAGGAGCGGCUGGAGGAGAGCUGUGUACAUCCCCUGGAGGAAGCCAUGCUGAGCUGUGACAUGGAUGGCUCCCGUCAUUUCUCCGAGUCUCGGAACAGCAGCCACAUCAAGAGACCCAUGAAUGCCUUCAUGGUGUGGGCCAAGGACGAGCGGAGGAAAAUUCUUCAAGCCUUCCCAGACAUGCAUAACUCCAGCAUCAGCAAGAUCCUUGGUUCUCGCUGGAAGUCCAUGACCAACCAGGAGAAGCAGCCGUACUAUGAGGAGCAGGCCCGUCUGAGCCGGCAGCACCUGGAGAAAUACCCCGACUACAAGUACAAGCCAAGGCCCAAGCGUACCUGCGUUGUGGAGGGCCGGCGGCUGCGUGUGGGCGAGUACAAGGCCCUAAUGAGGACACGGCGCCAGGGUGCUCGCCAAAGCUACACCAUCCCCCCGCAGGCUGGCCAGGCACAGGUGAACUCAGAUAUCCUGUUCCCUCGGGCAGCAGGCAUGCCCCUGGCACGUCCACUGGUGGAGCACUAUGACCCCCAGGGCCUGGACCCCAACAUGCCUGUCAUCAUCAAUACCUGCAGUCUCCGGGAGGAAGGGGAGGGCACAGAUGACAGGCACUCGGUGGCCGAUGGAGAGAUGUACCGGUACAGCGAGGACGAGGACUCAGAGGGUGAUGAGAAGAGUGACGAGGAGCUGGUGGUACUCACAGACUGAUCCCCAGCUAGCUGGGCCCGACCUGUCAACUGCUGGGGGAAAAGACCUUGUUCCCAACUGGACAGGCACAGCCAGCCUUCCUGAACUAUCUUGGUACUUGGACUUGGGUGUGCCCAGGUGAUGUGUGAAACUGCACUUGUAGAUACAUUCCCAGAGUGGGGGUCCUCCUCUCCAUCACAGCUCCGGGCACAUCCGAGGAGCUAAUGGCCUGACUGGGUGGGAUUCACGUGGCUGUGGUGAACUAAGCUGGCUGAGGGUUUUAGCCCCUGGGGCUAAUGACCAGGGACCACUGGAUGUACACCCUCCUAUAUGUCCACCUACUCGAGGGGAUGGCAGGGAUACACCUGUCCCCCCUAAGGUCACAUGCUUUUUUUCCAUUUUGUCUUGGCCCAGACCAACCAUUAUGGGACAACACCUGCCCUACAACCUCCCAGGUCACCCCUCUGUCACCUGGGUUACUUUGUACUCUGCAGUCUGGUUGUCCUGUCUUUGUCUUCCAAGUCCACGUGCCUCUGGCUACUGUUUGUCUGGGUGGCUCACGUCUUCAUCUCACCACUUCCGGCAGAAGAUACCUGCUGAGUCGUCACUGUGAGCCAGUCAUGUUGAUGGGCUCUGUGGUGUGUGUCUUGAUGCUUCUCUGGGGGCUUCUUCUGUGUUCCUUUGUCCCCAAAUUGCUACCUCUUUGUCAGUCUGGUGUCUCAGGUUCUGUGUAUUUUCUCCCCAUGUACAUUUUUCUCUCUCCAUCUGUCCCUGCUCCCACCACACCCACUAUAUUCUCUGGGUGUUUGUAGGGCCCAGCCUGCCCCUGGGACUGCCAGUUUCCUGACCCUAUGACCCCUUUCCUCCCUUCUGACUUUGCCAGUCAGUUCCCACGGAGCCAUUUUUAGCUCCCAGGACCAUGAGAGCCUGCCUAGGCCUCCAAGAGGCUCUGCCCUGUUUCCCAACCUAUGUCCCAGGCAUGGGAGCGUUUUUGUCAGUGAUAGCCCUGCAGAGGGGACCCCAUGACAGCUGGUCUCCAUCCUUUCUUCAUGAGCUUAGGCUGGGUUCUUUCGUCCCCCACCCUGUCCUGGGGAAUGGGCUUCACUCCUGUCAAGCUUCCUGGUUGUGUCCCAAGAAAAUCAAAGACCAUUAGCACCUAGAUUCAAAGAUCUGGAGCUUCCCUGAGUCAGGGAAAUGACCCCAAAACCCCACAUGGCCAGGUGCCUGCCUCCCUCAUCUCUGUUGACCCUGUUUCUCUCCAGACUGUUUCUUUUUAUGACUGUAAACAUAGAUAGUGCUUUAUUUUGUUACUAAGAAGAUAAUGAUGAAUAACUUAACCAGCAUAUUUGUUUUCUGAUGGUGUAAUAAAGACCGACCAUUUCAGAA